AAGUCAGGUGAACUCCAAGGGAUAAUGUUUGUCAGAUGUUUGUGGAACAAGUUGGUUUUUACAUGUUUUUUUUGUGUUUAUAAACCUAUAUCGUGAAACCUUCAUCAGUUAUUCAGCUUUGGAGAUCUAAUUUUACAUCAUCAUUAUAAUAGUGGCACAACUGUUACAGUUUUCUAGAAAUACAGAAAACCUUGUGAUAGCAAUACACAUUACCUACGUCGUAUUGCUUUUGUAUUGAUAGUCAUUGUAUUCUUUGUGUAAUAUUUUGUAGUUUCCAAUAUGCCGCUAUUGUUUAGUGUCGUAGCCCGUGGCACUGUCGUUUUGGCUAAAUAUGCUAGUUGUGCUGGUAAUUUCACCGAAGUCACGGAACAAAUUCUUUCGAAGAUCCCUCCUCAUGACGACAAGUUGACGUAUUCUCAUGGAAAUUAUUUAUUUCACUACAUUUCCGAGAAUAAAUUGGUGUAUUUUUGUAUUACGGAUGAUAAAUUCCAACGUUCUAGAGCAUUCCUUUUCCUCAAUGAAAUCAAGAGAAGGUUUGUGGCUACAUUUGGGGAUACUGCACAAACUGCUAUUCCCUAUGCGAUGAAUAGUGAGUUUGCCAGGGUCCUCGCUACGGAGAUGAAACACUACAGCGAGUCAAGAGAUCUUGAUGCCAUUUCCAAAGUUCAUGGAGAACUCGAUGAACUUAAAGACAUUAUGGUUAAAAAUAUUGAUACAAUGGCGAUGCGCGGUGAAAAAUUAGAGUUGUUGGUAAACAAAGCUGAGAAUUUGCAAACGAGUUCGAUUACAUAUCGCACUACAUCGCGGACGCUCCAACGGACGCUGUUCUGGAAGAAUAUCAAGAUGUAUGUGAUCGUAGUAUUGGUCGCCGCUUUAGCAGUGUACUUGAUCGGGUCUAUGGCAUGCGGUGGACUUGCGUGGAAAUCUUGCGUCGGCUAAAACUGAAGUAUAAAUAACAUUAAUUUUAUGUUAGUCCUUACUUUCCAGUAUUGUUGUAGAAUAAUAAGUAUCCAUGAUGCAAUAAAAAUACUAUGAUCCAGAUGUAUGUAAAUGACUCUGUACUUAAUUUUGAAUGCGCUAUAUUUUAACUUCACUACAUAGUAUAAACAAACUCUUAAUUCCCGCUGUCGUCUGUCCCUAUGUAUGCUUAGAUCUUUCAAACUAUGCAACGGAUUUGAUGCGGUUUUUUUUUUAAAUAGAUAGUGCGAGGAAGGUUUAUGUAUACACAUAAACCUAAAAAACCUUACCUAACCUAACCAUAAUAAAUUAUACAAUUUAUUAUGGUUUAACCCGAGCGGGUACGGGUCGCUAGUUAUCAGGUGAAUGAUGUUCAGUCUAUUAAGAAGUGGAAGUCUAUCUAUAGAAAGAAGAGAUUGUUAGUCGUACCUGUAUUUUUUUCAGUUUCUUCUCAAAAAUUUCACGAUGGACCUUCAAAAUAUUAGGCAUAACCCCCCAUCUAUGUUAGGAAGAGAUAGGAAAUCGUUAAAAUGAAUUCUGAAACAAUUCCUUCCCUAUUGCUCUGCGUACUUAUUAGUCUAUGAUAAGUUGUUUUUUAUAUCAAUAAAGCCAAAUGCAAUUAUAAAAUGGCAUAGAUAAGGAUUAUGUUAUAACAUUUUGCAUCUAUACAUAUUAUAAAUAAAUAAAUCAUGGUGAUCACCUGCAAUACUGCAUACUUCAAAUACUAGUUACACGUAGUCGUAUACUGUUUGUUCAAAUUUGGCAGUAAUAGUAAUUUUCAAUGAAGUAAUUGGUAGGAUAAUGGUAUUUGAUGUCGAAAGUAUCAAUUAAGCAUCAAUUAAUUCAUUAAAAAUCAUAAAAUAUUUGUUUUAGUGGAUUUUAUUGUGGGAAUCAGGUUUUUUUCCAAAAUAAUCUGAAGACCAUUGGAAAUAUUUAAAUUGUAUGUUAUAUGUAUAUUUGCCGCAGAUCUAAAAAGUAAAAUGCAAAUGAGGAAAAAUGUUAAAUUCAAACCAUUGUAUGUUUAAAAUUCGUGUAAGAACGCUGUUAUCAAUUUAAUUAUACAUCUUUGUAUCUACCGUAUUGGUGAAUCCGACAAUAGAUAAAUUUGAAAUAGAUAGUUUUAAUCGUCUUGGCGGGGGCACUCCCGUGCCCCCAGAUUAUAUGGUCCUAUAUACUUCUGAUAUGCUUAUCGAAUCUGUUGUUACACUUUAUAAUGAUACUACCACUAACUAUAUAUUUAUUAUUAUUUCUUUUUUUUUUCUUUUAGUUUGGACCAAUCAACAUAGUUUGGUUCCAAUCAUUCCAAUUUUAAAUUAUUUACUUUCUUCGCCAAUAGCGGUGUGAGCUAAAAUCAAAAUUCUUGUUUAGAAUUACUGUGAUAAAUUGACACUAUGUAACUCCAAAGGAAUUGGUUUGGUUAGUACUGAAGCAGUGGAUAUUGUGUUCAAAUAUGCACGAAUGUAUUAAUUUGGAUUAUUCCAGUUGUUUGUUGAGAAGCAGUUUUUACUUUUAUUUCUAUAUCCAUUUGUCAAUUCGUAUGGUAAUAGCGAAGUAACAUUUGUCUUCAUUACUACCUGUAACUGUUAAAAUUCAAGGAUAUAGUUAAUUUAACACAUAUAUAAUAUUAGUUGUAUUAUAUAGUACUGUGAUCGGAUCAUCAUAUUAAUUGUUAGUUUCUUUUUGGGCAAUAAAACAUGACUAGUAUUGAAUUUAUCGAAAAGUAAUAUUAUUUUCACCUUGUAUUUGAAUAUUUUUUUUGCAUAGGUAAUUAUUUUUCUUAUUUUAUCUUGUAUUUUAUCUUGUAAGUAAUGUUAUACAUAUUAAAGGCUAGCAAGUAUUGUGAUAUUGUAACGUAUGUUAUAUUGUAAGUUUGAUUCGUCUGCGGUCGGAAAUAAUGUUAUAAAGUUCAUAGAGUUUCUAA